AUGGCCGAGGCGAGGCCUAUCGCUCCGGGCCGCCUCGUCCUGGUGUGGUACGGGGGCGGGGAGGCGUAUUGGCACGAGCGCCUCCUGCUCUGCAGGGUGGAGGGGACGACCUGGGUCAUCACAACGCCUGAUGGGGACGUCUACCCAGAGGACAUCUAUGAGCUCAACUGCAAGCCGUGCUUCCAGGGGUCGAUCCCACCCUCCAUCCCAGCGAACGCCUUGCUGUACAGGUUCGCGCCGUUCGGACAGCUGCACACACCAGCGGAAUGGCGCCAGGUCUUCGAGGAUGGGAUUGCGACCGAGAUGGAGAGGGCCAACAGGGGUGUCGACGACGCUGCUGCUGAUGCAGAGUCUGGCGCCGUGCGUGACCGUGCGGCUCUGCAUGGGUGGACCGCGGACACUGGACUGCCAGGCGGGCCACCUGCUGCCGUCGCUGGUGCAGGGGACGGAGCCGCGGUGCCCAUUGCCGCGGGGCCGCCUGGGUCGGGAGGGCCCCCACCGCUGCCGCCAGCGGCAGCACCGCUUGCGGGUGCGCUCGCCGGUGCGGGCGGAGGCGCCGCCGUCCCGCUGGCUGGAGCGCCCUUGGGAGCUGCCGCUUUGCCAGGGGCCGCUGCCGCUGCUCACCGCCAGUGGAUCGUGGUUGCCAAUGAUGGGCAGCCGGGAGCUCCCGCGGUCGGAGCGGACUGGAGCGUGGACGCGAGUGCAGUCAUCAUGGGCAAUUUCGCGCUUGUCAAGCUCGGCACCGCGACCCUCGUCUUGGAGAGCAUCGACGCCGGCAGCAAGCAGCUCAAGCUGGUGGCCAGGAGGGGCGAGUUGGAGCAGGCCGUGGCUGUGCCGUCGGGCGACGGAGCUGGACCACAAGCGGGGGCGGCAGCCGCCUCGGCUGGAGCUCAGCUCAAGGCCACGGACGCGCGGAUGGGCAAGAGGUUUCGCUCAUUCGUCGAUGCAGUGGGCCUGCUCGAGGAGCCGCGCUUCGCGGACUUCCCGAUCCAGGGCCCGAGGACCACGUUCUGGCUCUGCAGGUUCAUUCGUGAUCAGGGCCAGGUGCCGAGAACCAGGACCGAUAAGUGGAUGCGGGAUGCCCAUGUACCUGACAACGACAGGGUCAAGCACGAGCAUGGCAGCCUCAUGGAGAUCCUCGAGUAUGCUCUCACCUAUGAUCAAUUGGAUGUGUCAUCAUUGGCCUCGUUUGAGAUCCUGGCGCGGAGGGUUCAGUUAUUGGAGGAGGCCUACACGUCGAAUCCGAAGGCGCCGAGGUUCGAGGGGGGCCAGCACUUCCAGGGGCUCGGCAGGAGGGUCGCCGCUGCGGCCCCGAUGCGCACCUCGCACGUUGCUGGGCAGCUGCAGGGCGAGGCGCAGAUCCAGAAGGAACGACGCAAGGCCCGCGAGGAGGGCCGCCAGCUAGUCGAGGUCGUCUUCGGAGGCUUCGGCGCUUAUUUCAACGCAGUCGGGGUCGUCAUCGAGGAUCUCGGCGAGAUGUUGUUUGAGGCGUGGCGGAUGGUCGCCAGCGCGACCUGCUGCCGCUGCCGAGGCUGGGCGAGAUUGAAGUCCCACGUGGCGCUCUCAGUCGCGGGGUUCAGCAGCGCAUUUGUCGUCGCGCGUGGGUUGACAGGCGCGUCGACGAGACAGUUUGGGCUCUCAGCGAGCUUGGGGGCGUUGGCAGCGCACCGCUCGGUGGCCCAGGUGGAGAGCAGGCGCGCGCUGCUGUUGCUCUGGCCCGAGAUGCCGCGUCGGCCGCGCCCCUGCCUCGAGAGCGGCCCGCUCCGCAUGAAGCCCUCGCGGCGCUUCUGCGCGCAGACGCUCGCUGCGGAGACAGCGACCGCGCUGGGGGUGGACAUCUACCAGGUUCUGCCCUCGGACGCCUCGCACAAGUUCAAGCGGCUUCGCGACGCCAUUCUUCUCAGUGACGAGGAAUAUGCAUUGCGCAUCAUGAGCGAGGGACUGCCCAACCUUUACUUUGACCCAGUGCUGGAGGCCAUCUACUCUGCCAGUUUCGACAUCAAGGAUUACUUCCAAGAACUCAGGAUCGAUGAGGAGCUCUCGCAGUACUUCGCGCUACCAGCGGUUCGGGCGUCGGCAGUCGGGGUGGGGAGCAUCAGUGGCGUCCAGGUCGACACCCACGAGCUCAUCUACCCGGCGCUGCAGUCUCUGCCCAUGGGCUUUUCGUGGGCCAUGUGGGCGGCACAGCUGGUGCACGAGGAGGUUCUGCGUCGCGCUGGCCUGCCUCCUCCUCGCCUUCUUCGCGACGGCACCCCGCCGCCCUCGCUGGGCGGAGGGCCCGUGCACAUGGCCUUCGCUGACAACUUCGGGGCCAUCGGCUGUGACAUGGCCGAGAAGGCUGGGUUUCACGUUCACGAGAUCGAGCGCGUCAGCACCUCCUUGGACAUCAUUGGCGUGCACUUGGAUGGCGAGAGGAAGGUGGUCACGUUGUCCGCGGCGAGAGCAUGGCGGAUCUAUGCUGGACUGCACGCGUUUGUGCGGCGGGGGCGGUGCACUGGGAGGGAGAUGCGGGCCAUCCUGGGUCACUUGUGCUUCGCCUUCUUGCUGCGCCGCCCGUGUCUAUCCUGCAUUGCGGCCGCAUUUGCCUUUGCCGAGUCCGCUGGUAACGACUGCGAGAACAUCUGGCCCAGCGUCAAGAGGGGGCUUCUUAUCGCUGCCGCGAUCCUGCCGCUGGUCUACGCGGACAUCUCGGCGGGCUGGCUUCACCAGGUUGUGGCGACUGAUGCGAGCACUACUGGUCUUGGUGUUUGUGUCGCGGAGUGGCCCACGCAUGCUAUCCAGCUCGCAGGCCCCCACGACGAGCGUUGGAGGUUCAAGAAGGACCCGCAGCGCAAGCACAGGGAGGUCGCCCUGGCGGGCUACGACGUCGCCGAGCCUCCUGUCGACAGGGACGACAACCUCACAGUUGACAGCGACGAGAGCGCCUGGCUGGCCGUCGGGGACUUCCUAGAUGUCGAGCCCGCCGCCGUCAAGGAGGCGAGGUGGGCCGUGGUCGCCAAGCGCCCUUGUGGCAGUCACAUGGGCGCCAUCCAUGUCAAGGAGGCGAGGGGCGCGAUGCUCGGCCUCAAGCACGUGGUCCGACGUGGACGCUGGCGGCACAGGAAGGUCCUCACGCUGGCCGACAACAUGGGGCUGCUGCUGGCGCUCCAGUCAAUCCUGCAGAUCGACCUUCGCGGCAGUGGGAGCCAGCAGUGGCUGAUGCUGGGCCUGCAUGGCGUCCUCCCCCUGGGCUUGUUCAUCCUGGUGCCUGGGGUUGUCACGAGGGCGCCGGGUGCGAUUCGCAGGAGGCCUGCGGGCGUGACGGCGCGCAGCGUGGCCCAGCGAAUCGAGACCGCUCCCGCCAUGCACUUGGUCAGCCUGGAGACUCGAGUUCGCGGGCAGCAGCCUCUGGUGGACGCAGGGCGGCUCGCAGAGAUCGCGGGUCACAGCUUCGACAAGGCAGGCUGCCGCGCGCCGAUCUGCCAGCAGCGGAGGCCUCUCCUCGAGAGCAUCGCGGUGAGGCCUGUCCAGGUCGAGGACUACCACAGGCGGAUCGAGGAGUUCUAUGGGUUCGUCCGCCGCCAGGGCUUGAGCACCUGCACCCUGGACUCCCUGGAGACAGCGCUCCUGGACUGGGCGGACGACGCAUUCUUGGAGGGCAGGAAGAAGCACGACGGCGAGAAGAUGAAGGCGGCUGUCCUGCACCACUACCCGAACUUCGAAAGGCCCAACACCAAGCCGCUCGCCAGGUUCGAGAGGUGCCUGAAGGCUUGGGGGCGUCGGCGGCCUGCGCUGGGCCGACUGCCACCGCCGUGUCCAACGAUCUGCGGGCUGGCGGUGGGCCUUCACCUCCUGGACCACACGGACAUGGCGGUGGCCGCGCUGGUCGCGCUCAGCGCCUACUUGCGGCCAGGGGAGCUGCGUGGUCUCCGCGUGCGCGACGUCGUCCCUCCCGCGCUUGGCUACGGGCCGGAGUGCCAGAAGUGGUCGCUGAUCCUCGGGCCGACGGACGGCCAGGGCGACCCGACCAAGAUGGGCGUGCACGACGACAGCGUGACGAUGGACCACGAGAACCUGCAGUUCCUCGGGCACUUCUUCGAGCUGCACCGCCGCGGGAAGGCCCCCGACGAGCCGCUGUGGAGCUUCACGCAGGCAGAGCUCGGGGCCAUGAUCGCCAAGGCGCUGAAGGUGUGCAACCUCGAGGGCCUGGGCAUCGUGCCCUACAGCCUGCGGCAUGCAGGCCCUUCGUGGGACGUCAUCACGGGCAGGAGGUCGCAGCGGGGGGUGCAACGUCGCGGGCGCUGGGCCAGCAUCAGCUCGCUCAUCAGGUACGAGAAGUCGAGCAAGGUGAACUCCAUGCUGGUGAACCUAGACGACAGCCGCGGCGACAUCUUCCUUGACAUCUUUGCCGGCUCCGAGGGGGUCGGCAAGGCGGCGGCGAGGUGUGGCAUCUCGUCGUUAGAGGUGGAGAUGCAGAGCGGCCUCGACCUGCUCGCGCCAGGAGUGAUGGAGGCCCCUGCUGAAGCUGGUGAGCUCAGGCCGUGUGAAGGGAGCGUGCCUGGCGACGCCGUGCCGAUCUGUCAGCAUUGCAAGAAGAGCGCUUCCUGCUUCGGCUAUGCCCAGUGCUGUCCCUUCUCCUGA